GAGGCACAAUACCUCUAUCUUUGUUAGUCAAACGUUAUGUUCUUCUAAAAUGCUUGAAUAUGCAUUAAAAACUUUUAUAUUACGUUUGUUCCGCGUACACAAUUCAGUGUAGUUAUAACAUCUAUAGUGACCCUACGCUCAUUACUUUUCAAAUUAUUUAGAUUCUUAUUUAAUUUACAACAAUGUUUUGUAUUGUAGUGACUAUAAUAGCUCUUGCAUACAUCUUCUGGGACGUUAAUUACUUUAUUAGGAUAGGUGUAACUAUAGGACUUGGACGUCUGUUCCAAAAGAAAUGUGGUAUUAAUGAUACGACUACCAUUUACGGUUUUUGCACCACCCAAGAUGUGGACAUUUUCCUACGUCACAUGAACAAUGCACGGUAUGUUCGAGAGCUAGAUUUCGCCAGAUUCCACUUUUACGACCGCACCGGUAUCUACUCGAACAUCAAAGCAGUUGAUGGGCACGCUCUUCAGGGGGCUUCAAGCAUCCGGUACAGAAGAACUAUCCCUAUAUUCUCAGCUUACAAGGUUGAGACUAAGUUGGUGUACUGGGAAGACAAAACGUUGUUCAUUGAACAGAAGUUCAUCACACUGAACGACGGGUUCGUCCGUGCUGUUGUACUCUCCCGCCAGAACCUCAUCAACGUGGAGGUAGACCGACUGUUCCAAGGGAUUCCCGGAGCUGAUAAAAGGCCGGAAUGUCCCGAGGAAAUCAAACAUUGGCUUGAAGCUAUUGAAAUUUCCAGCGCUAAAUUGAGGAAGAAGGAUUAAUUUAUAAGUUUACUUAUUUAUUUUAUUUAAAAGGCAAUAAAGGUUGAGGUCUUAAAA